UUGAUUAAAUUAAUCGAUUAUUUUCAUUCAAUUUACGAUUUAAUUGCAUCGAAACACCUUUUCUAAUUACUCGACUAUUACUCGAGUAAUUGCAAAAUAAUCGCAAACAGCAUUUUCAAAUUUAAUACAUUUUAUGUUCAUCUAAGUUAGCUUACAAGGGUCGAAAUUGGUCACAUCAGUCAUUAAUGACUGCAAACGUUGUAAACAUAGUGAAAUUCUAAUAUGUCAAGGUAGUUUAAUAUCAAAAAAUGAAUGUCUGGUAACACUGCAUUUACAGUUAAGUCAAACGCAUUUUACGUUCAGUUGUUGGAAGAGCAAUGGCGCCAGUUAAAAGCGAAGUGUGGAAAUUUUUUAAUAAAAUAAGCAAUAACUACGUUAAAUGUCAACUUUGCUGCAAAAAUUUAAAAUUUUCUAAUAAUACAUCAAAUAUGUUGCAGCAUUUAAAAUUAAAGCAUGCAACUGUAGCCUGCAAAUUGGUGGAGUAAAGACAAUGUUUCCCUAAGUGAUGAUGACACUGAAACCAUGAUUGAAAUGCCGAAUUGCAGCAGCAAACCAAUUAAUGAAAGCCCUUUGAGUGAGGGGCCAAGCUUCAGCAGCAAGAAACCGAAUGAAAGCAGCAUGAUAGAGCUACCCAGCUGUAGCAAUAAAAAUCCUCAACCCCUCAUUUCUAAAGUCUUCCAAAAUAUUGAAAACUUUUCGCUUCAUGGCUCAAAGAACCAAAAGCUACAGCAUGGAAUAGUGGAAAUGGUUAUCAAGGAUAAUCUACCUUUUGACUUUGUUGAAGGUAUAUUAAAAUACAUUACAAAACAAAUUGAUAAUUAAUGACGCUUUUUGUUCAUUUAUUUUUUAAAAGGUAAAGGCUUCUUAAGUUUCAUGAAGCAACAUUUUCCUCUUUACAAAGUCCCAACAAGAAAUACCAUCAAGGCUCACAUUGAAAAAAUGUACGAUGAAGAAAAAGAAAAAUGUGUAGCGAUGCUAAAAACUUUUUCAUAUUUGAGUUUAACGAUAGAUAUCUGGACUGAUGUAGAAAUAAAUAGCAUGCUUGGUGUGACAAUUCAUGGUGUAAAUGGGACGAAGCAAUUUAAUGGAACAAUUGGCGUUUAUAAAUUAACGGAAACACAUACUGCAUCACAUAUUUCCGAAGUUCUCAUUGCUGCUUUGAAAGACUUUUCUAUUGACGAAAAACAAGUAAUGGCUGUAGUGACCGAUAAUGGUGCAAACAUCGUAAAAGCAGUACAUGAUUCUUUUGGCAAAAACGUCAUAUUCCUUGUUUUGCACACACCCUCAAUUUGGUAUGUGAAAACUCACUGAACAAUCCUGAAGUAAAUGCAGUUGUUGUAAAAUGCAAAAAAAUAGUUAAGUGGCUAAAAAGAAGUGUUAAAGCUAAUGAUGAUCUUCGAAAUAUGCAAGCUGCUGCCGGAGUAGCUGAAGGCAAAAUGCUAAAGCCAAUUUUGGACGUGAAAACACGUUGGAAUUCGACUUACUACAUGCUUGAACGGUUCAUUAAACUAUGUUCAUAUAUUAACCAAAUACUCCUCAACUAUUCUGACGCACCGGUAAUGAUAACAUCUAAGGAAAAAGAUGAUAUCAUCGAAAUACUCAGUGUAUUGAGACCAUUAGAAGCAAUGACUGUACAACUAAGUGGUGAACAACGAGCAACGUUAAGUCAAGUGAUUCCAUUAGUUCACUGUGGUCGGGAACAAAUAGUGAGAAUAACAGCUAAACAGCCAGUCGCUGAACAACUAAAAGAUGUCGUGUUAAAUCAGUUUGAUCGUAGAUUUGGCUACAUCGAACAUUCCUUUUUGCUAGCUGCAUCAACAUUACUCGACCCGAGAUUCAAAAUAAUUCAUUUCAAAGACCCAUUAGCGUUGUCCCCAGUUAUAAAGUUUUUACGUACUGAAAUAACAGUUGCAGAUGAUACUAUGGAAACGGGCAGCGAAUCGUCAGUGGAAUCGGUAGAGAAUGAGUUUGAUCUCUGGGCUCCUCACAAAACUCUAGUGCACAAAAGAAGGAGGAAGGACAACGAUUUUACAUCUCCACAAGAUGAAUUGAGCUUUUAUUUGAAUUGUCAGGUAUUAGAACUAAGUGGAAACACUAUUGAUGCUUGGGAAGAAAUGAAAACCGUUUACCCAAAACUGUACGGACUUUCAAAAAAGUAUUGUCAUCUACUUGGUACCUCAGUACCAGCUGAGCGGCUUUUCUCAAAAGCGGGUGCAACUGCGACCGAAAAACGCAAUCGUUUGACAACAAAACGUUUAUCGAAAUUGCUUUUUCUUCAAACUUGGUUGAACAGAGAAUAAAUUUUCUUGACUUCAAUGAAUAUAUUUUCCUUUAU